AUGAAUUCAGUUGCUUUUCGCUUGUACAAUUCUAUUGCCGUUAAUACAACACGAACAACAUUUUUAAGGCAUACAAUUUCGAGGUUAUAUUCUUCCAAAAAAGGAAAGUCUCGGAAGAAAGGAGGUAACAUAGUUUAUGAUCCAGAAAUGGCAGAUGGAUUAGUAGACUUUGAAAAAAUAAGAGCAAACAUGGAAAGUGCAGUUAUGAAAUUACAGCAAGAUUUUACAACMAAGUAUAAUGUUGAAAUGAAGUCUGAUAGCCUGGAUAAAGUGCGUGUCUCUACUAUAGAAGGCAAAGUUCCAUUAAGUGAAUUAGCUGUCAUAAAUAGGAAACAAGACAAUAUGUAUGUUAUUGAUAUGUCACUCUCACCUGAUGUUACAAAAGCUGCCCUUCAAGCAAUUAAAGAAUCAAGCAUUAAUUUAGAGCCUGUUGUUGCUGGUGAUUGUAUAACAGUGCCUAUUCCAAAAGUUACUCAAGAAUAUAGACAAAACCUUGUCAAGUCAGCCAAGCAGGCAUGUGAACAAUCUAAACAAAAUAUAAGAAAAGUACGGCAGAAAGCAAUGUCUGAUAUCAGAAAGAAUAAAAAAGGAAGAGCAGAGGAUGAUAUCAAACUUGUGGAGAAAAUGGUGCAGCAACUUACAGAUGAACAUACUAGUGAUACAGACCUUUUAAUAGAAGCAAAGACAAAGGAACUUUUAAGAAAAUGACAAUACCAAUUCAUGUUAUUUUUAAUGGUGACAGACAAGCAUCUGGUUUUGAUUGAUUUUUAGUUUGGGGAAAUAAAGUAACACGUGAUUGUCCAUCAAGGGUAAUUACUAUUAAGAUUUUGACAUCUUGAAUCAUACCCUGUAUCUACCUUUGAAGAAUUAAAUCAUUAAUUAURUUUAAAUUAGGCAUCAGACCAAAUGAGACCAGAUUUUCACAGCUAAAGAGAACUUUCGUUUGGGAGAGUAAGAGUAAAUAUGACAUCCCAGCUCCAAUAUUAUUUCAGAAUAAAAUUUCAGACAUUAGAGCCA